GGGGUUACCACGGAGGAAAUGAAGCCUAGAGCGACAGACAACACGCUACCAGAGAUCUGAGAAUCCUAGAUCAGCGAUUCCUUUGUCUGCAGAUCAAAGGGCCUAGUUAUGUUUAGGUUUAUCCGUGAGCGGCUCACAACAGGAAACUGUAGCAGUCCGCUGCUUGGGAGAAGGGAUGGGGAAGCCUUGCUGGUCCUGACAAUAGAACAGCUCCCUUUUUUCGUGGCAAGGGGCCCCCAUCAUGCUUCUAGGCUUGAGAGUCUGAAUUCAUCUUUUUUGCAACUAAGGAAAUAGCCUCCUAGUCCCCUAACACCAGAAGUAGGCAUGCCCAAGGCUAAUUCUGUGCAUGGAUCUCUCGAGAGUUUGAGAGCAGAAGCACCGUGGUGAUUGGGCAGUGGAGAUUCCGUAUGCAGAUAUGGAGGAGGAGCCUCUAAUGGUUAAGGUGUCGGAAGGAGAGAAAAGGAAAUACUACUGCCAAGUACUAUUGCAACAAUAGAGUCAGGGUUCUCCCCCCGGCCCCAAUUAGUCUCCUAUGAGCCACUGUUCCUUUUCACGGCUGCAACCGAACCUGAAAAUUACUAGGCUUGCAGAGAAAGCAAUCGCUAGUCUAGGAUUGUUGGGUCUAUAGCAGAGUUUUGUCGCUCUAGGCUUUGGUAACGCCAUGGUAAACCCACCUUAUCCUUUGCAUUGAGAAGAUAGAGUGGAAAACCGAAGAUCGGAAGUGCCGAGAACUGCCGUAGCGAUAGAAUAAGAGUACCGCUGCAAUUGCUCUCACGGUCGGAGCAGGGCUUUCCCCCACCCAGCGUCCUUUGAAAAACUUAUGGGGGACUGCAACAUAGAUUUGCUGAGAGACAGAGAGAUGCGACUCAACGUCUAGGGUUUCUAUUUCUACCGGAAGUUCAAGCCUGUGUGUCACUCUAGGUUUUUUUAAUCUCUCUGGAGACUGGAACCGGAUUGAAGAUUUUCCAGGCCAAUAGAAACGGGUGCCACUUUAUUCACUGGUACCUCAAUGGUGAAAGUCUUCGGUGUAUUACAUUUUCUUGCAUGGGAGCAUGUAGCAAACUUUUAUCCUGGAAGUUCCAAAAAGGAAGGCGUGAAGAUGUGUUAGGACUGGACUCCCCUUCGCUUCAAGACAGUGGUUUUGAAUUACCUUUGCGAGAAACUGAUGUUUGAAAUCGGGAGAACUCUCUUUCACUGUCCCAAACUGCUCCUUCAGCCUUGAAGUUUAGGCAUAACACUGAACAGGGUUUAAAAAUGGGCAAGCAAAACCCAACAGGCCCCAAGGUCCAGAACAGAGCAGGGAAAGGUGGUUGUGGAUUCCAAGUGGAGUGGAGCAGAAAAUUCUGGGAAAGAACUUGGCAACUCCUGGAAGAAGACACUCGCUGCUCAGACGCGUUGUGCCAGCGCUUCAGACAGUUCUCCUACCAAGAGGCCGACGGCCCCCAAGAGGCUUACUGUCAACUCCGGGAGCUUUGCCACCAGUGGCUAAAACCAGAGAGACGCACUAAGGAGCAGAUCCUGGAAAUGCUAAUCCUGGAGCAGUUCCUGAGCAUCCUGCCCCAUGAAAUGCAGAGCUGGGUCAGGGAAUGUAACCCAGACACCUGUGCCCAAGUGGUGGCCCUGGCAGAAGGUUUCACAGUGAGCCAUUCAAAGGAUGAGAAGCAGCAAGAUCAGGGGCCUGUGACAUUUGACGAGGUGGCUGUGUAUUUCACUGAGGAGGAAUGGGCUUUGCUGAACCCAAGCCAGAGAACUCUUUACAGAGAAGUCAUGGCAGAGAACUGUAGGACUGUAGCCUCUCUAUCUGAGGUGGUGCAGCCAGGAAUAAAGAUGGAGGAACAGGACCCAGCUGCUCACAAACCCAGGGAGAGACCAGAGACUCCUGUUGUCCAAGUUGGAACCAGCAAGAAGCUUCUGACUGGAGUGGCUCUGCAACAGGUUGACCAAGAUCCAGCUGCUGGGUCACAACGGGAAUGGGAGGAUCAAUUCCUGAACUUCCUGAAAACAGUGGAGUCCCCUCUCUCAGGAUGGACAGUCCCUCAGUCCUCAUUGGAAUAUGAUGUGAUGGAAUUCCAGGCCACUUUGAAGGGUAUAGCUAAUGUCAGCCAGUGGCCUAUCAGUAAGGGUGUGAACCACACUCUACCAGGCCUUAGUGGUGAAGCCCACAGAUGCCUGGAUUCUGUUGUGAAAGUGAAAGAAGAUAUUUUUGAUGAGGAGACCAUCAGCAUGGAGAUGCAAGAGACACCAGAAGCGAAAGUAUCAGAGCCUUUGGAAGCCAUGGCUGCAAAUUUCCUCAUGUCAAACUCCAUGAAGAUACAGGUGUCCACAAAGACCACGCCAGAGGAUAAUGGGAAGGCCAGGCUUCUGGGAACCAGGAAUCUGUUGCCAGAACCUAAGGGGUCCUUCCAGCUGCAAAGAACUGAGCAAAGGGGAUCCAGUGGGAUGUGGCUGAAAAAAGCUGGAAGACGGUGUUUCCAGGACCCUGAAGAGACUUCUGGAAUGCAGCAGGAGGCAGACAGCUUCCAGAACAAUCCAGAGUGUCAACCCAACCUAGAAUUGCUUUGUAGGGAUGGUGCUGAUUGUUUCCAGGCAGAGACUUUCAACAAGGGUCUCUUGAGGCAUGGAAGAAAGACAGGGCAGGACUGUGAAAGAAGCCUCCCUGACCUUGUUAAGAAUAAAACAGAAGGGGGGAAAACAUACAACUGUUCAUAUUGUGGGGAGAGUUUUGGAGAGAGUUCAGACUUGGUUACCCAUGAGAGAACCCAUAUUGGAGAGAAAUUAUAUAAAUGCUCGCAGUGUGAGAAACAGUUCUCUCACCAUGAUGACCUCUUCAUGCACAAGAAGAGCCACCAUGAAAAGGCACCACAUCAAUGUGAUUUGGACUCUAGAAAGAGGAAUCAGUUGCCAGAAUUGAAGGAGACCUUUUGGAAGGAAAGAUCUGAGCAAAGAAAAAUAAGCCAGGACUGUGAAAGAAGCCUCCCUCAGAGUUUUGACCUUGUUGAGAACCAAACAGGAGGAGAAAAAACAUACAAAUGCUCAUAUUGUGGGGAGGGUUUUGGUGAGAGUUCAGACUUGGUUACCCAUGAGAGAUCCCACAUUGGAGAGAGCAUAUACAAAUGCUCACAGUGUGAGAAACGGUUCUCUCACCACACUAACUUAUUGGCACACAAGAAAAGCCACCAGGGUGAGAUGGCACAUCCAUGGGAUUUGGGUCCUGGCAAAUGCCUCCCACAGAGAAGUUCUUCAGUUACACAUCAGAAAGCCUGCUCCAGAGAGAAAAUGUUCCAGUGUUCCGAGUGCGGGGAAAGCUUCAAUGCCAGAUUGCAUCUUGCUAAGCACAAAACAACCCACAGGGGUAAGAAACCCUAUCAGUGCUCUGAAUGUGGCAAAAGAUACACACGGAUGUUGAACUUCAUCAAACACAAGAGAAUCCAUGUGGUAGAGGAACUUUCCACCAGCUUUCCACCAACAAGCACAAGCUCUUGUGUGGAAUCUUGAAGUAGAAGGACCAAACUGGACAUGAUGUGAGAGGUUCAUGAAGGGAAGAUCUUUGCCUUUUGCUCAAAGCAGCUGUGUGUGUGCAUGUGCAUGAUAUCAUUUGGGGAUGAGGGAGGUGGUUAAACCUUUCCCAAUUGACCCCCUGGAGCGGCUGUUAGCUGGAGAGAGGAAAACAUGCUGGCACAUGUUAGUGCCUAGGUUUCUUCAUGUGAUUACUAGAAUAGGAGGCACCUUCUACCCUAAUUUGGGAACUAUGCACACUCCCAAUAUUGAAUAAUCUGUGAGGGGAAAAUGAGGUUGGAGACUCAUUCCAUGAUCGUGUGGUAAGAAGUAGGUGGGUUAGAGGGCUCCCUCCUACCCAGCUACUGAAUGAGGUAGGAGGAAAAGCUUCUGACCCAGCUGCUGCUUACCACACAUAGAAGGAGCAUCUGGCCUUGGAUUUCCCCUUACAGAUGAUCAGAUAUCAGGAGUGCGCACAGCUCCUGGAUUAGGGUAAGUGAUGUUUCCUACCCUAGUAAUCAUUGUGCCUUGAUAUGUGUUUUGCUUUCCUGGCUAAUAGCAGCUUAGGAAGUGUGAUUUGCCUCAGGGAAUGUGCACAGGGGGAGGGUUGAGGAUUAACCCUCUCUCCCUUCCCAUACUGUGGCUCUGAUCCAAAUGGCACUCAGGUAUUCCAUGGGCCCACAGCUUUGACCCAUGGGCACAAUGGAAAGAAAACAGUGUUAGUUUUGUCAAGGUCUUUACUUUUUUCAUAUGUACUAGGCAAAACCUCAUGUAGAAAUCUGAUAGGCAAUACCAAUCAAUUUUUAAAAUAUUGAUUCCAUUCUUGUGCCAGGUGAAUGGCCAAUAAUUUGUAGCUGGUUUAGAAAUUGCUGAUGUAGAAGUUUGAAAUACUUGUUUCUAGUAAUACAUGCAAUAAACUGCAUUGCACUGGUGUUAGGGUAUCUCACAGUAUUCAGACUUAGGACAAUUCCAUUUUUCCACAGGAGUGGAAUAUUUGAGCAAUUGUCAGGUAUUGCUGGUGGAUUUUUAAAAAAUUACUUUGCAUUUAAAUCUAUUUUCAACUGUUGUUAAACUACCAAGAGUUGAAGGGUAAAAUUUAGAUAAAGUUUUACAUGAAGAAUAAAUUUGAAUAUAAAUUAUC